AUGGGGAUCCUGCGUUGUUUUUAAAUAUGCAGGGUAUCAGUGGAGAAAACGACCUUUGAUUUUGAUUGUUGAAGAUGCAUGUCAUGUUUGACAGAAAUGUCUUUUCGAUGGUUGUCCUGGGCGAUAAAGAGAUAUUGUAGCUGGGCUUCAUGGUGGCACUUUGCAAUGCGAGGAUAUGCGAUGGAAAUGCUGUUAGUCCAUUUUGAGUAGAAUGCGCUUUGUCUUUUGAUUUUUUUCCCCCCCAGUGUGCCCCAUCUUUAAGGAUGCGGUUCACAUUUAAAGCUAUAAUAUUCUUUUUUUUCGCCUGUUCUGCUUCGGUAAAAAUCUAGCAGACCCUAUCAGGCUUUUCUGUGAACCACCGUAACCGUCAUCGUUUGUUAGUCGUGAAAUCAUGCAAAUAGAAAAAUCUAAUGAUUAUUUUUUAAAUCGUGUUUAUUGCCAUCAAUCACGGCUCGAGCGUUUCUUAUGCACCGCGGCUGUGAUCACUGAUGAAGGGAUCCGACUGCAGCUAGAUGCGUGCUGCGCCCCCUCCUACCCCCAAAUAUUCCAACAUCUUCCAGCUCAAGCGAGGAAUUCUAUUCCACGAUUCUAUGGAAAUAACGUGACAAGAUCAGAACUGCUGAUCAGAUGUCAUUUAGCCUUAAUAAUAAUAAUAAUCCGCAUCCGUUUAUAAAGACCGUUCAGUACAGGAACUUACAUUUAUGCUUCAAAUAACCUUGGGUUUUUAUCCAAUGCGUGGUUUGUUUGAACCCUAAACCAGGUUGUUUAAAUCAGAAGAAAUCGAGAAAACCCACCCACAUGGCAACAAGUCUAAAUUUAUUGUGCUGUAGGCCUAAGCGUGUUUGCAGAAUGAGAAGCACUGUAACACUGAAUGUGAUAAUUAUCUUAUGAUAACAAGCUAUUUCCUCAACACGCUUAUGAUUCAGAUAUAGAAACUGUAAUCUAUCAGUUGUUAGUCGUAAAAAUGACUUUGUGUUUAUGUUCGGGCUGUAUGCAAUUAAUUCAAAGCAUGCUGCGGAGAGCUGCUCGAACCCAUGGGAUCAGAGCGGAUGGAGAUGCGAAAGAGGCAGAUGUCGGUGCAGCAGGAGUCGGUGGCGGGCACCACAGCACCGACCCAGAACGAGCAGCCCGGUCAGGGGAACCGUGGCUCCAACGCCUGCUGCUUCUGUUGGUGCUGCUGCUGCAGCUGCUCCUGUCUCACUGUUAGGAAUGAAGACAGAGAUGAGAGGAACCGGAGAGCCUCGUAUGAUUUUAAAGCAGAGGGGAAUGCAGACUUCGAGGAAAGUCCGAAACCAACUGCGGAGGAGGUCUGCUUGUGGGGGCAAUCAUUCGACAAACUGAUGCACUGCCCCGCUGGAAGAAGCGCCUUCCGGCAGUUUCUGCGCACUGAGUUCAGUGAGGAAAACAUGCUCUUCUGGUUGGCCUGCGAGGAAUUCUGUAAGGAAACCAAUAAGAGCGUCAUCGAGGAGAAGGCGCGGAUUAUCUAUGAAGACUACAUCUCUAUCCUCUCACCCAAAGAGGUGAGCCUCGACUCUAGAGUUCGAGAGGUUAUAAACAGGAACAUGCUGGAGCCAACAUCCCACACGUUUGACGAUGCCCAGCUCCAGAUAUACACGCUAAUGCAAAGAGACUCGUAUCCACGGUUCAUGAACUCUCCGGUAUACAAAAACCUGCUUAAGACAGUCUCUGAGCAGUCGGUGGAAUCUUAGAUCUCUGUGAUCCCGGUCGAAUGCCCCCUUCCCUAUCUUUUGUUCGUUACCUUUUCUUGUGUAGAAUAUGUUUAAAAGGACCUCAGCGUGGGUCCUCCCAGGGAUUUUACCGCUAUAGCGAUCUGUACCUGAAAAAAGACGCUCAGGUCUCCAGGUCACUGGAAUUUAAAAAAAAAUGUCUCAAAUUUCCUGAGGGCUCAACACCACAAGUACUGCUACAGAUCAGCAUAGCAAAAGAUGCUCCAAAGGAUUAUCAGUGCGUUUCGAUGUUUUUAAGAAAAUAAUCUAUUUUAUUUGUGUUGAAGGUUUUUUAUUUUAAUGUUUUUAAAUCAUUUUUUUGUAUUAAUGUUCAAAGGAAGAUGUGAUACCAAUCGUGGGCUAUAUACAGUAUAUACCGUAGAUAUAUUUAUGAAUUUUUAUUAAAUUUCUUCAAGCUUUUUUUUUGUGUUACAAUAUUCAAAGAAAAGGGAAUUAUGGGUAACAAGUAUUGCCCGUUUAUGAAAAAUGCGUAUGAGAAUCAAAGCUCAAGUCAAGGCAACACUUCAGCUCUACUCACGGGACGCCCAGUAUUGUUUAUUAAAUAACCCCUAUUAUAAUGACUUGGCAUCUCCAAUGAGAAAUCAUCAUUAUGAGAAAUAAAGUGACAAGCAAAAAGUAUAAUUAGAGACUAUAUAUAUAUAUAUAUAUAUAUAUAUAUAUAUAUAUAUAUAUAUAUAUA